AUGCAGAAUCAAGUAUUCCAGAUAACGAGCUAUGAGGAAGAGAGGAGAGCGCGCUCAGAGCUGGAGAUCCGCUGUCAGAGAGUCACGCUGGAACUUGCUGACACCAAGCAGCUUAUUCAGGAAGGAGACUACAAACGAGAGAACUAUGACAAAAUCAAACGAGAGAGAGAUGGGUAUGAAACAGAGGUUAGAGAGUUGAGGAAGAAGUUGGAAAUGCUGGACCUCACACACACUGCCCUGACCAAAGAGAGGAAUGACUUAAAUAAGGAGGUAGCCACUCUGCAGCAGUCUGUAACAUUGAUGCAGAAGGACAAAGACUAUUUAAACAGGCAGAACAUGGAGCUUAAUGUGCGCUGCGCUCAUCAAGAAGACCGUCUGGACAGAAUGCAGACCCAGCUUGAAGACACAAAGAAAGCCAGGGAAGAUGCCUAUGAGAAAUAUGUUGCUUCUAGAGAUCACUAUAAGACAGAGUAUGAAAACAAACUGCGUGAUGAACUGGAGCACAUUCGAACGAAGACCAGUCAUGAAAUCGAGAGCCUGCAGAGGGCAUCUAAAGAGACGUAUGAGAGAGAGAACAGAAACCUUCGUGAAACCCGAGAUAAUGCUGUCAUUGAGAAAGACAGAGCACUGAAUGCAGAAAGAGAUGCCCAAGCCAAAUAUGAUCAACACUUAGACCAGUUCCGGCAGUUGCAGCUGAGUUCAGACAGCAGGGUGGCAGAACUGCUUAACCAGGUGAAGCUGAAAAAGUUUGAGUUGGAGCGUUCCCAGAUGGUCCAGGAGGAGACGGCCAGGAACCUCAGCCUUUGUCAAAUUGAGUGUGAGAAACAUCAGAAAAAACUGGAGGUUCUAACAAAAGAGUUUUAUGGGCUACAAACAUCAUCAGAGAAACGCAUCACUGAAUUGCAAGCCCAGAAUUUUGAAAAGCAAGCACGACUGGAGACAUACGAGCGAUUGGAAAAGGAGCUGGAUGAUGUUACCAUGCAGGCUGCAGAGAUGGAAAAUGAAGAUGAGGCAGAGAGGGUGCUGUUUUCAUAUGGUUAUGGUGCAAACAUUCCAACAACUGCCAAGAGAAGACUGAAGCAAAGUGUUCACUUGGCUCGCAGGGUUCUGCAGCUGGAGAAACAGAACACACUGCUUAGGAGAGACCUGGAAAGACAAACGGCGCACAGCAGUCAGAUCUCUGAAGAGUUGGAGGCAGCAAACCAGCUUCUUCAGCAGGCCCAGCAGCCACACAGCUACCUGAUUGAGACCGUGCGACAGAGAGACACUCAGAUCCAAACACUGAAAGAACGUCUCACGCGAUUAGAAGAGGAAGUAAGUGCACUACGGAAAGAGAAGAUUACACUGCUGCAGGUGAAAAACAACAUGGCAGCAGAUUUGGAGAGACUCCUGAACCACAGAGAGGAACUUUCUGUGAUGAAGCAAGUCCUGCUUAGCAUGCGCUCACAGCAGCACGGUGGGCCUCUGUCUGUGUCCCAACCUGAGCUUGAGACCGAUGGCGUUGGUACAGCAGUUCAUAGACCCAAAGCUUUAAAAAGCACAGACGAGGCGCAAUACAACUAUGGUCCCAAACCCACAGUGUUUGCUAAACUAGAGAUGGAUAAAUAUCUGUCUCCACAACCUGUGGCUCUCCCCUACCCAAAGAAGUCAAGACGAGAGAGCGUCUCUUCAAUGGACCAGUUUUUCGGGGAUGACCACGGUUCCCCCUACAGCAUCAACAUGAAUGUCUUCCUCCCCGACAUUGCUUAUCUAAGAACGGGGAUGUGCCGGCCGACGCGGCCUUCGGUCCCCAGCCAGAUCAAAACUGAACCUGUAGCGGUGCCUUUCUCUCAUCCCGAGUGUCCGGUGAGCUCGACCGGCCCCGUUUCAUCCGCGCUUCCCGAUUUCACCAGCAUCUUUAACUCGAAUUCCACUUCGGGUUCUGAAAUCAAUGCCAUGGACGAUAACUCGGGGGUCUUUGUCAAGCAGGAGAUGCAAGGCUUUGACAUCCCGCAGGAUGGGCCGCUUUUCCAGCUCCUCAGCUCAGAGCUGGACGUGCCGCAUCAAGCCAACUCGCACUCCCACCCUCACGCUCACUCUGUGCCCUCACAGAUGCCUACUUUCCAUGACCUGCACUUAGCGACCCAACAGACUGCUGCCAAGACGUACUGUGGCAUGUCCGGCUACCCUCUUGGCCCGGGCCACUUUGUGCAUCCUCAGGGUCAGGCCCACUCCCAGCUCAAAAUGCCCUAUCUUCCCCCCUCACCUCCCACUUCAGAACCUGGCAGUCCUGACAGACAGAAGGAAAUGCUUCACAAUCUGACACCACCACCAUCUUACGCCGCCACUAUCGCCUCCAAAAUGGCUGACCAUGCGCCCAGUCACCCAACACCCACCUCGACACGAGCUCCCGCCACCACUGGGUCUAUGCCUGUCCGUUACAACCGAAGAACAAACCCAGACCUCGAGAAAAGACGGAUACACCACUGUGAUUUUGCAGGUUGUAAGAAAGUUUACACCAAGUCUUCCCACCUGAAAGCUCACUUAAGGACACACACUGGUGAGAAGCCGUAUAGGUGCACGUGGGAGGGCUGCGACUGGCGGUUUGCUCGUUCCGAUGAGCUGACGCGUCACUUCAGGAAACACACAGGAGCCAAACCCUUCCAGUGUGCCGUGUGCAGCCGCAGCUUCUCUCGCUCCGAUCAUCUCGCCCUGCAUAUGAAGAGGCACCAGAAUUAGACA